AUGGCGAGCAAUAUUGUUGGCAAUCGCAACAGCACCCCCGAGGCAUCAAAGCCUUCGCUGCGCCCUCCCACCUCGCGGGUUUUGCCCAGCACCGGCUCUCAGGGCAUUCGCCAGUCUGCUGAUAUGUCCACCUUCACCUCUCCGCUAUCUGCAAGGAACAUACGACCGGCGUCUGAAGUUUUGUACAACCAGCAGCAGGGCUCGCAGGAUGACUCGAAUAAACUAGGCGAGCAGUGGAUUCAAGACAUUGAGCAGUACGAGACUAUGCUAGAAGAGAUGGCGGCGGCCACACUCGACCAAGACUUCAAGGAUGAGCUCAGUGCUAUUGAGCAGUGGUUCAAGGUCCUGAGCGAGGCCGAACGCACCGCUGCGACCUAUGCCCUGAUUCAGCAGACCACUCAGAUGCAGCAGCGCUUCUUCGCCCAGGUCCUCAAUCAGAUGUCCAAGAGUCACCCCAUCUCCGGUGUGCUCUCUCCUGCCAACUUCGGCGAAAAGGACGCCAUGUCCAGUCGUCUCAGUGAUGCGAUGUCCAAGCUCAACGUCGAAGGGUCGAGACACUCCAUGGGCCGGUCGCCCACCACGCCAGGGGCAGGCAACAAGCGAAACUCCGGCCUCGACCAGUCCACCAUACAUGCCAUGUUUCCUGACGCGGCUGCAGCUAUAGCGCAACAAAAAGCGGAAUACGCACAGCAGACGGGCAAUGCACCGCCAUCCAACCGCAAUAGCACAGUUGAGCGAGGUUCUCUCGCGGCUCCGACCAUAUCUGCGCCACGGGAGUCAAAAGCAGACAGCAUGAAUUGGAGACAGCCACAAGUGUCCGCCCAAAGUCAGGCAGAAUCACGCCCAAAAUCCUCGUCCGGCUUGCAGGCACCGCAGCUUGGGCAGCAACCUAUGGGCCAAUUCUCGCAAGGCCCUCUGACCGGCGGCCUUCGUUCACCACGACCAAUUCAAACCUCCGAAAACAUUCAGUCCACGACGCUAGCUGCUCCGACGCAGCACGAAUUGCCAAUGUUGUCGCCAUACAACACUGGAAGCUGGGCUUCCAUGACAAAUACACCCAUGGUCCCGAACUUUGGCGCUCAAACUAAUCAGAAUGAAAUGAUAGCUAAUGCCACCGCCAUGAAACUCGCAGCUUUGUCCACGGUCAACAACAGGAUCGCGUUGGACGAUGUCAAGAAGUAUCGACGAGCUCGAUCUAACGAACCGCAGCCGCCGCUGUCUGCCGGCCUGCAAGCUUCCGGCAUACCUGGCAUAAAUACGAUAAUGGUCAACGAUCAAGGCCAAGUACUAAAUGCCCAACAAGUUGCUGCACUUCAAGCGCAACAGAUCGCUGCAGCACAAGGCCGACGAUCGCGGCCCAACUCACCUGGCCUGCCCAACCAGACCAGCCCUUUCGCUGGACAGUUCGCUUCCCCUCAACACAAUGGCUAUCUCACAGCAUUCGAUGGCGUAAAUCCAGCCCUCGCCGGUCUCGUCGCUCCGCCUCUAGGCCAGUUCAGUAUGGGCGGCGAUGGCUACUUGUCAGAUCAUUCCGAUCUGGGUCGAGGACGCUCCCCUCGUGGUCGACGUGGAAGUUCGAAGCCGCCCGAGGAUCCUACCGAUCCUGGAUUGCUUGCAGAUAUUCCCGCGUGGCUGCGCACGUUGAGACUGCACAAGUACACGGACAAUCUGAAAGACUUGUCCUGGCAAGAAUUGGUGCAGCUUGAUGACAAGGGCCUUGACGCAAGAGGCGUGAAUGCACUUGGUGCAAGAAAUAAGAUGCUGAAGGUCUUCGAACAGGUCAAAGCCGCUAAUGAUGGCAAAUUGUGA